AUGAUGAAAGAUCGCAAUUCAGAAGAAACAUCAGCAGCAUCACUUGAAGUUAAAGAACAUUUUAAUUCAGAUAUAACUGUUCUUUUACAUGAUAAAGAACGAUUACAAGAGGAAUUAGAAUCAACACGUCUUUGUAUUCGACAACUUGAAAUUGAUCUUGAAUUAGCAAGAAAACAACAAAAUAUUAAAACUGAUUUCAAUGAUGAAAUAAAACAUCAACAAGAUGAAUUUAAACAAAAAUAUGAAGAUUUAUUAACAAAAUUUGAUGAAAAAACAAUAGAAUUAGAAAAAUUAAUAAAUGAUAAAUUAAAUCUUGAAACAUCAAAUAAAGAAUUUCAAAAUCUUAUGAAAAAUUAUCAAGAAGAAAUUCUUAAAGAUAAACAACAAAUUGAACAACUUAAUAAUGAAAUUGAAAUACUUAAAGAUAAUCUAUCAAAAGAAAAUGAACAACAUUUAAAAUCUUUUGAUACUCUUAAAACAGAAUAUGAAAAUUUAACAAAUGAAUUACAUCAAACAAAACAAGCAAAAGAUAAUAUUCAAUCAUUACUUGAUGAAACUACUCAAGAACGAACAAUAUAUAAAGAUAAAUAUCAAUCAAUACAACAACUUGAACAUACAGGUUAA